AUGAUUUCUGCGCUGCCCUUGACACUUAUUCUGCUGUUCACAACUUCUGCACAUAGUUUUACCUCAACGACUCUGCGUGCCGCCCACGCGAGGAGAGGUCUGCUAUGGCUCUUACCUUUGUCGCAACUCGUGGCUGCACAACUAGACAAGAGAGCUUCGACAACCUUACAAAGUUUCCCCAACGGGAGUACUUAUGUAUGGACAGUCGAGGAUGACUACAAGGGACAAAACUUCUUUGACUCUUUCGCUUUUUACACUGGACCAGAUCCAACGAACUAUACCAAUCAAUCCACCGCCUUCUCAGAGGGACUUGCAUAUGUUACUUCGAACAACAUUGUUGUCAUGAAAGGUGACAACACGACGUGGCUUUCUGAAGGCGAGUAUCGCAAAAGCGUCCGAAUAUCCAGCUACAAGCAAUACAACACGGGACUGUUCAUCCUCGACCUCGAUAUGGCCCCGUGGGGGUGCGGUGUCUGGCCUGCGUGGUGGACUUUGGGUGGCGGUCAAUGGCCUUAUACCGGGGAAAUUGAUAUCAUCGAGGGUGUGCACGACAAUGAGCACAACCAAGUGACGUGGCACACCGGUCCAAAUUGCAACCUAACACAGAAUGCCAAUUUUACUGGUACAAUUGUGGAAACCAAUGGAGUGCCGAAUUUGGACUGUGACGGUGAACUCAACUAUAACUCUGGUUGCGGGGUCGUAGAAUGGAGUCGGGCUUCGUAUGGCCCCAUUUUUGAUUCACAAGGUGGCGGAAUCUUCGCCAUGAAGUGGGACGUCUCAGGCAUUGGUGUUUGGUCCUUCUACCGCGCUGCAAUCCCCCAGGACGUCAUCGAUGGCCAGCCAACGCCUUCCAACUGGGGAGAGCCUGUUGCGUUUCUAGAACCUGGCGGCUGCAACCCGAUCACCAACUUCGUCAACCAUUCGAUUGUUUUCGAUAUCACUUUCUGUGGCGACUGGGCGGGUAAUUCCUACGCUACCUCCGGUUGUCCAGGAACAUGCUCGGGACGUCUCAUGGACCCGAGCAACUUCGUGAAUGCCUCCUGGAGAAUCAACGCGCUGACCGUGUAUAGGCAACAAAUAUUUGCUGGCGAAGUGUCGGCUUCGGCAUCCUCAUGCAGCAGGAACUUCUCGCGCGCGCUGCUCUUCUUCGGCUUCGCUUUGGUGCUAUGCCUUCUGUGA